AUGGAGGCAGCCAGCACCCUUUCCAACACCUCCAGUAAUGGCAGCAGCACUGGCAGCAGCACCGGCAACGCCCCACACUCGCCCACAGCCACAGGGCUCAUCCUGCUGGCUGCCCUGGCCGUCCUGCUGGCCACGCUGGUGGGCAAUGCACUGGUGGUGGUGGCCAUCUCCACCAGCCGGGCUCUGCGGGCUCCACAGAACCUCUUCCUAGUGUCCCUGGCCUUGGCAGACAUCCUGGUGGCUGUCCUCGUCCUGCCCUUCUCGCUGGCCAACGAGGUGAUGGGCUACUGGUACUUCGGCGGGCUGUGGUGCAGCCUGUACCUGGCGCUGGACGUGCUGCUCUGCACCGCGUCCAUCGGGCACCUCUGUGCCAUCAGCCUCGACCGCUACUGGGCCGUCACACGGGCAGCACGGCUCAACCUGCGCCGCAGCCCGCGGCGGGUGAAGGGGAUGAUCGGGGCAGUCUGGGCAUCAGCGGCCCUGGUGGCACUGCCGCCGCUCCUGCGGCCACGGCCGGGGGGUCGGGAGUGCCAGCUGAGCCAGGAGACCUGGUACGUGCUGGCCUCUUGUGCUGCCUCCUUCUUUGUCCCCUGCCUCGUCAUGGUCGCCGUCUACUGCCGCAUCUACCGCCUGACUGCCCAGCGCACGGCCGCCCUCCUCGCCGCCCGCUCCCCACGCCCUACCAGCAAUGGAAAGGUCUCAGGUGUUGGGAUGCCACGGUGGCGGUGCCGGAGCCAGCACCAGAGCGUGUUGCUCUGCCGGCGGCGGCUGGUGCGGGCACGGGAGCGGCGCUUCACCAUUGUGCUGGCCGUGGUGAUGGGGGCCUUCGUGCUGUGCUGGUUCCCUUUCUUCUUCACCUACAGCCUGGGGGCUGUCUGUGGAGAGGGCUGCCAUGUCUCCAAGCCCCUCUUCAACUUCUUCUUCUGGAUCGGCUACUGCAACAGCAGCCUCAACCCCCUUAUCUACACCCUCUUCAACCGGGACUUCCGUGCUGCCUUCCGACGGCUCCUCACCAUCCCACGUCGGCCCCACACCUGA